CCUUAAGUUAACCGCAAACAUGUAGUGAGUGCACGCACUUUGACACGUAUACCUAUAUAUUAAAUUUAUCGAUAUAUUUAGUGAUGUCCUAGACCCAUAUAUAUCUCGCGAAUAUAUACCAGUGUUAUAUCUGAAAAUUCAUCAGAUAAUAGUUUGUUUUUGACAAAAUGUGUCGUGUGCCAUUUUUUGUUUUUGUGUUUUAUAUUUUUUGUGUCAAUUAUGGAUUUUGUUUUAUUAAUUUGGCGGACGUAGAAUGCGGUAUCGACGUGGCUCGCAGUGCCCGUAUAGUGGGCGGGGUGGACAGCCUGCCUGCCGAGUUCCCCUGGGCAGCAAGCGUGUGGAGACAGGGUGCUCAUCAGUGUGGAGCCACUGUGCUCAAUGAUAGGUGGCUGCUGACUGCUGGACAUUGCGUUUGCAGUGUUUUCGACGAGUUCUACAAAUCGAAGCAGCUGUCGGUAGUAGUUGGUUACACCGAUAUCUCUGUCAAGGAUGAAAAUCAACCUAUUGCCAGAAUUAUACCACACCCGGAUUACAGAUGCAACAAGAAGUCCAAUGACGUAGCUCUACUGAAGACUGCGCGACAACUGCGCUGGUCAACUGGUCUCCAACCAGCCUGUCUGCCCAACUCUCCAGCGCAGGACUUCAGUGGAACAUCAGCUACUGUUGCUGGAUGGGGCUUUACUAACGAGGAUAGAGAGAAAGGAUCAAGACCCAGCAUCUUACAGAAGACAGAAGUGACAGUAGUGACGAAUGAUGAGUGUAACAGCUGGUACAGGUCUCAAGGCAGCAAGAUCAAGGUCAUACCCACCCAAAUGUGUGCUGGACAUGAAAUUGGGGGCCGUGACUCUUGCUGGGCUGACAGCGGUGGCCCACUCAUGAUCAAGGAUGAUAAACGUCAUAUGAUGGUGGUAGGAGUAGUUUCCACUGGCAGUGGGUGUGCCAGACCCAGGAUGCCUGGAGUAUACACUAGAAUAUCGAGAUACACAGACUGGAUAGUACAAAGUAUUAACGGAGACACAGCAAGAAGUGGUUUGAACUGGUAUCCAAGUUUUAGCAGCUUUUUUGGACGAAAAUGAAGAUGGUGAUGGAGAAGAUUUAAAUGGUAAUGAUUUGAGAAGAGUGUUGGAAGAAUUUUAAAGACGAGAAGCUUCCUUCGUAAGGGGUCCCUUGUAUAAAUGCACUUAGAGUAAAGUUAUUUAAGAGAAAAGUUCUAAGGAAUUGUCUUUUGUCUAGAUAGCAACGAUGUAU